AUGUUUUUCCAAGGCGACUUGCAAAGUGGUAUCUCGCAGGCCAUCCAGCAGCACAAGCUGGUUGCCUGUUUCGUCAGACAAGAUGACGAUGACACAAGCCAGAAAUGGGAAAACGAAUGGUUGACUGCUUCUCUCGACACAUCCGCAGGCACGGAUGGGCAGGAGUCGUUAGGAGAGCAACUAGGCGAGAAAGCAGUCUUGCUCCGAAUCAAUGCAGGAUCCGUCGAAGCUGGCUUCUUGGGAGCCUUCUGUUCGCUUGACUCCUUGCCAAAAUUGUUGGUCAUACGAGCAGGCUCUGUCGUCGAGAACAUUGACGCAACCGUCACUGAAGAAGAAUUCAAAAAGCGUAUUCUCGCUCUGCUACAACCUUCUACACAACAGCAGCUACCGCCAUCAACCAACCCUAUUCCCGCAAACGCAGACUCGUCCACUGCAGACGUUAGCCAAGUCCUGUCAAAUGUCCCCCUGAUCGGCGAAAGAGGAACAACGCUUCGAGAGUCAGACACAGCUCCUCAGGAAAACGCAGAGACGAACGUCCCGAUACCAGCACCAACCAGUCAAGGCAACAAUGUGACGAUGCAACAGUUCCUGACCGAGCGCGGAGCCCGUCUCGAGGCCGAGCGUAAGAAACAAGAGGAGGCGGAAAAGGAGGCACGCAAGGCUACAGCAAAGGCGCGUAAAGAGGCAGCAGACAAACAAGCUGCUGAAUCGUCUACACUACCUCAAAACAAGCAAGAUUGGGCCGAUCAGCAGCGGAACCGUAACAAGGAGGCACGUCUCGAAAGGGAAAGAAUCCUCAAGUCGAUCGAGUCUGACAAGAUUGCAAGGAAAGAGAAGGAACAACAAAGACGACUGGCUGCUCAAGGCGAGCCUUCUACAGCCGCUGCACAGCUACCAGUACACACUGAUACGGCACCUGGAAGAAACUCCGAUGUUUGCUCGCUUCAGAUCAGACUGUUCGACGGUAGUUCGCUACGAACAAAGUUUGAUCCUACUGCCACUCUUGCAACUUCAGUGAGAACGUAUAUCUCACAAAAUUCGCAGACGGAUAUCCCGUACGAGUUCCGUCAGAUACUCCUUCCUAACCCCAGCCGUAAUAUCUCGGUGGGUGAAGAAGGUGAAUCACUCAAGUCUCUUGGCUUGACACCAAGCGCGACUCUGGUAUUAGUGCCAAUCAAGGGCUACACAGAUGCGUAUGCAAGCGGCAGCAGUGGCUUGGUCUCGAAGGGCUUGAAUGCCGGAUUCGGACUCUUAUCAGGCGCAGCAAGCAUGUUUGGAAGCGCUGUAGGCGGUGUCAUGGGCUACGCUUCUGGAACAAACAACCGACCCGGACCCUACGUGGCUGGAACAGGGGACGAAACUGAGAGCUCUAACGUAGAAGGAGACAGGACGGCUAGCAGAUCAGCUGGCAUUAACAUUCGCACACUUGGCGACCAAAGACGAGAGGCUGGGCAGAACACAGAAUUGUACAAUGGUAACCAGCUGAACUUUGAGCCGCGCAAGAACAAGGAUGGCCAGGACGCCAAGGAUGAUUAG